ACGUCACAGCGAUUGAGGGUUGAAAAUUGAAAUCAUGGGUUUACCGUUUUUUGGCGCGAAUCGACACGGAGAGUGUUCAGAUGAUAGACAUUCUCGCGGAAUUUUUACUGAAAAAAUGGAAAUAUAAUUUAGAUAUCCGAAAAUUAUUUUAAAACCUAAGAGUUAUAAACCUAAUCUUCCUUUAUUUUGUCUCACAAUUGACAAGCGCGAUGAACACGUCUUCCAGCGUAACACGAAAAAAGACUACUUCAAAAACGCCUGGUAAACAUCAAGCAACGCUUUCAUCAUUUUUCUUCAGUACAAAGUCAAAGAGUUCUAGCUCUCCUGAAAAGUCGGCACCUAAUGAGUCCCUGAAUGUUUGCAGUGAAGCUAAAUCUUCGACUGAUAUAGAACUCUGCAAGAAACGUAAACAUAGCCCAGGUAGCAGCGAUGUCAACGACAAUGAAUCAAACUCAAAAAAAAAAUAUACUACUCAUAUCAGUGAUAUCACCAUGAAGUGCAACAACGCCAGGCAAUUGAAAAAACAUCUUGUAAACAAUGAAGCUAAGGGGGUUUCGACUGAACAUUACAGCAAGAAAGUAUUUGGAGUACAAAGUUGUAGGUCCAAAACAUCUACGGAAAGUAUAAACUGCGAAAAGAAUCCAGUUCUGGUAAUGGAAGAAGAUGAUGAUUCUUCAUUGAAAGAAAAUUCGUUCGAAAUGACCAGCAGUACAUGGCCGGAUUUUGGGGAGGAAACUUUAAUGAGUGAUUCGCCUCAAAAAAAAGGCAAGAUAUCCUGUUGCGAUGUGUUAAAACAAAAAUAUUCACCCAAGGCAACUAGUUCAGAAAUGAAACCUAGCAAACGUAGUUCGAAAGUCAUCACAGAUUUAACAUGUACUAUUGAAAAAUUUUCAUCUUUGAAUACAGAAUCUGAAAAUGUUAAUUAUCGAAUCAAGGGAGAGAGUGGUAUUCCUCAAGAGCUAUUGAACAGUGAGUUUGGCGCAGAGGAACAGAUUUUCAAAAGUAGCCAAAGAAGAAUUGAAUGUGAUUUUCAGAAAGUCUCUGGCAACCAGUUUACUCAAAACCAAACUGAGAAAGAAGACGGGAAAUAUUCUAGCAGUUUGGAUUUUAAAAACACUGAAAAGAUACUGAAAAUAAUUAAAGUAGAGGAGAAAGACAAGAAAGACAUCAAACUAGAUCCUAAAAAACCUACAAAAGAAACUUUCAGCAUUGAUGAUGAUUUUCUGUUCGAUACAUUUGAUGAAUCAUUCAAAUCGGACUAUGAUUCGGAGAAAAUGCUCAAUGCUAACGCCGUAACUGAUGAUUUCAGUGAUUUUUUUAGCGAAGAUUGGAAUGCAGAUCCAGAGGUCAAAGUAGAUCUCAGUACUCUACAACGUUGUCAAGUAUCUAAUACCACCAGAGACCAAUUCCAGAAUCUUAUCGUCAAUGUUAUACAUGUUGAAUCUCAAAUUCCAGUAGCUGUAACAUUAAGAGGUUUUUGGAAAGAUACUCGACUUCAAACAGGUGACAUUGUCAACAUUCAAGCGAAAAAACAAUUAAAUGAUUGGGUUGUUGACAAUACAAGUGGUUUUGUUGUGGAACAACCAGAUUUCUUAGUAUCUGGAACUUCUGUUGUAGGAGCUUUGUUUUGUGCUAGACGAGGCAUUCUGAGUGAUCGAUUUAAAGGAAUCGAGUCUGUCACAGAUUGUAAACAAGGUGCCUCUGUUAUGGUUAUUGGAAGUCUAGUCCAUGAAUUGUUUCAAAAGGUACUAAAAGAAAAAAUCUACACCAAACCAGGUAUCACCAAAUUGUUAAAAGAUCUAAUAAAAUCACAUAAUACUGCAAGUAUGUUAUAUUCUGCUGGAAUGGCUAUGGAAACUUGUGAAAAAGAAAUGUUACCGUUUGUGCCAAAAAUAUUCCAUUUCACCGAGCGAUAUAUCAAAGGUGAAAAAUCCAAACAUGCUGAUGAGAAUUUCAAUGGAAAAAUCAAUGUCAUUCGUGACAUUGAAGAGAGCUUGUGGGUUCCGCAACUAGGUGUUAAAGGAAAAGUUGAUGUCACGGUUGAAGUUAAUGUGAAUUUGAAACCGAGAACUAUGCCACUCGAAUUGAAAACUGGUCGUCCCAGUUUCUCACUAGAACACAGAGGCCAGGUAAUUCUUUACACAAUGAUGAUGACGGUCACAGGACAGGAUGUCGAAGCUGGUCUCCUGUUAUAUCUUAGGGAUAACAUCAUGCGUGAAAUCAAAGUGAGUCAUCCUGAACAAAGAGAUCUAAUUCUGCUGAGGAAUAAUCUGGCAUAUUAUCUGACACGUACCCCAAAAUUAAUGAAACCAGUUGACUCUGGAGUCGGAGAAGAAUCCAACGAAGAUUCUAUGGAAUUACCAGAACCUAUCAACCAUCGAGCUUGUCAAAACUGCCCCUACAGUGCUUUGUGCUGCGCAUACCUUAAGAACGACAAAAGUUUUCAACCUACUGACCGACAUCCGCUUACUUCAAUUAUAAGGGAAUUGGAUAAUUAUUUAAAGCCUGAACAUAUCAAAUAUGUGAAGAAAUGGGUGAAAAUGCUCCAGAUCAACGAAGCUGAUGAAGUCCAAAACCAGCCUUUGCGGAAUUUAUGGACAAUUCCACCAACUCAAAGAGAGAAAAAUGGAAAAUGCAUAUCCAAUCUGAAAAUAAUUGGCAAAGUAUUUAUAGAAUGCAAUCGUUUUCGCCAUACGUUUACCCGUGUCAACUCUGGUGAUUUCAAGGUCACAAGCGAUUUGACAAAGUUUGGAUUUAAUACAAUGGAAUAUGUCAUUAUUAGUACUGAUACUAAAAUUAAUGUUUGUGCUGGUACUGUGAUUGAGUUAUCUAAAGAUACCAUAACGGUACUACUUGAACGAAAUCUUGUGGAAAAGAAACCGAAAGAUGUGUUUCAUAUUGAUCCUUAUGUUUCACAAAGUAUGUUGAUAGCAAAUCUUUCAAACAUUGGCUACUUAUUGGAUGACAAUGCAGUCACUGAGAGAAUGCGGAAGAUUGUUAUAGAAAGGGCGCCUGCAACGUUUUUGAAGAAACUAGACCGCUCAGUAGCAGUAGUAGCUGCACAAGUUUUAAAACCAUUGAAUAAAAUGCAACAAAGAGCAGUUCUGAAGGUUGUCGCAGCAAAUGAGUACUUGCUAAUAAAAGGCAUGCCAGGCACAGGAAAAACUCAAACACUGGUUGCUAUAAUUGAGUUACUAGUCAAAAUGGGAAAAUCUGUACUACUUACUGCUCAUACUCACUCUGCAGUAGACAAUGUUUUGUUGAAAUUAAUUGAGACUAAUGUGGAUUUUGUACGAUUGGGAUCAACAAACAGAAUUAAUCCUAAAUUGUUGUCCAAAAGCGAAGCAAUGCUAACGCAGGAAUGUCGUACACCAGAAAGCUUGGACACAGCAUACAACAGUAAAAAUGUGGUAUGUGUUACAUGCCUUGGAGCUAACCAUCCUCUUUUGGGAAGACGAAUUUUUGACGUCUGUCUGGUGGAUGAAAGUACACAAGUACUGCAAUCAUCGCUUCUCCGGCCCCUUUACAGCUCAUCAAAAUUCGUUCUCAUUGGAGAUCCUGAUCAGUUGCCGCCAGUAGUAAAAAGUAAUGAAGCUAGGAAACUCGGAAUGGAUCAAUCUCUGUUCGAAAGAUUGGAUAAUGAAAACAAUACCGUCACGCUCACGUUGCAAUACAGGAUGAAUCAAAGAAUUAUGUCUGUGGCCAACCAAAUUACAUACAAAGGCCAAUUGACUAUUGGCGCAGAUGAUAUUGGCACUGCAACUUUACAUAUUCCUGACAAAUCAGUACUAAAUUCAUCCAAGAACUGGGUAAAAAGUGCUCUAUCAACUGAUUUGGACGACUCUGUUGUUGUACUUCAUACCGGUGACACACAUAACAUUUUCAAAGAUGACAUAAGCCCCGAAAAUGAUAAUUACCGAGAACGAAAAUGCUCAAAUUUAUGCGAAGCUGCAGUUAUUUUACACCUUGUAACCAUCCUUAUGCAGGCAGGCGUUGUUGCUGGACAAAUUGGUGUGAUAGCACCAUACAGAGAACAAGUAAACCUUCUCAGAGAUAUUAUUGAGCAAGAUGUGGAAGUAAACACUGUUGAUCAAUAUCAGGGGCGCGAUAAAGAGCUCAUUUUGUAUUCUGGAACUAGGUCCAAUUACGUUCGGUCUGUUGAUGCAGAAAAAGAGUUCAAUAUCCUAGAUGAUUAUCGGAGACUCACCGUUGCUAUCACAAGAGCCAAGCACAAAUUAAUUAUCGUUGGCGAUAUCAUAACACUGAAACAGUUUGUCCCAUUUAAAAAAUUAUUUGAUCAAAUUAGGAUCAAAGAUUUGAUUACAUUGCAAAACGGCUGUGCCGAUUUUCAGUGGAGAGAACUUCUAUCCAUUGUAAAGUGCUAGCUCAAACAUUUACUUGUUGAAUUGUUGCUUUAUCGUAACUUGUUUUGUAAUAUGUUUUAUGGUGAAGUAGUGCAGCUUUACUUUCGAAUUUAUUUUUAGAGGUAAGAGGUAUUUUGACGUCGUUUCUAUCUGUUGCUGUGUCAUGAAGUGUAUUCCUAUUUAUUCGUAUUUUUCAAUUUGUAAACUAAAUAUUUCAGAAAUCUAAAUGACGAUUUUUAACUACGUGUGCUAAUUUAUGAAAUUGUACGAUUUAUAGUUUCUCCUUCAAUGUAUGUUUUAUUUGUCCCACUAGAUUACGUAAUUUAACUCGACACUAAAUUGAAUCUCCUGAUAUAACGCAAGAUAUUUUAUUCAUAUCUAAUAAUUGAUUGAUUCACUGCGCAUAAAAUAAAAAUAUUAAAAUCAAGUGAUUUUUGCUGUAAAUAAACUGAAAAGAUUACUAUCGAAGUCAUGUAUGGACUCAUAAUUACACAUACGACACUUGUGUUCAUUUCUUUGGAUCCUCGAUUAUAAAUGUAACUCUGUGUCACAGGGACGCAAAAUGAUUCCUGUAUAGUAAUAAUCCUGUGUGAGGAAGGUCUUUACCGUAAAACCUAAUAGCCAGAUUUUAUACAUAAAUAAUUGACAAAAGUUAGGUUUUGUUUAAAAGUUUAUUUUUACAUUCCUUAGAUCUAAAAAAAAAAACGUAAUAUCUUCAAUGAUUUUUGCAACUCCCAUUUGGUAUAAACUAUUAAGUAUAAA